AUGCGUCUACUUUUGUGUGUGUUAUUUUGCGUUGUCGCCGUUCAUGCACAGCUUAUUCAGUUUCAGCAACCCAACCUUGGAAAACUUGGUAACGGUGAUACUGCCCUCCUUUCAUGGACUGUUGUUGGACAACAUGCUGUCAACCCACCCUUGACAGACCAUAAUUACCCUUCGUCUUUGACACUGUUCUACUCAUGGACCAAGAAUAGCGACCCCAGCGCAACCUUUCAAAUACAGGCAUCAAGUGGCCUUAGCGCUCGCCCAAGCGCUAAUCCAGCUCGCAACUUGACUCAUACCUCCACCUGGAAGCUACCCAACUGCAGAUUGUUUUACCGAUACCCUCCGGAUGAAUACACUUUUUCAUUCAUCGCUCAACCUGUGUACCCUUCAACCCGUAGCAAUACCACAAGUCCUGGCGUCGAGCCCAUUCGAAUCCAAGUAUUCAUGCAAAACAACAUUGCCACUUUCCCAAAGUGCUAG